AUGAGGUCUUGUCGCCGUAACAGAAGGCGCAAUCGCUCACAUUCCUUCCUUCCCCCUCCACGCCCCCACUCCUCCCCUCCGCGCUCGCAUUCCUGCCCUCCGUGCUCACAUUCCUCCCUUCCCCCUCCGUGUUCGCAAUUCCUACCCUCCGCGCUCACAUUCCUCUCCUCCAUGCUCACAUUCCCUCCUUCCCCCUUCACGCACCCAUUCCUCCCCUCCGCGCUCACAUUCCUCCCCUCCGCGCUCACAUUCCUCCCCUCCGCACUCACAUUCCUCCCCUCCGCGCUCACAUUCCUCCCUUCCGCGCUCACAUUCCUCCUCUCCCCCUCCGCGCUCGCAUUCCUCCCCUUCCCCUCCACACUCGCAUUCCUCCCCACCACACUCACAUUCCUCCCUUCCGUGCUCACAUUCCUCCUCUACCCCUCCACACUCGCAUUCCUCCCCUCCACACUCACAUUCCUCUCCUCCGCGCUCACAUUCCCUCCUUCUCCCUCCACGCACCCAUUCCUCCCCUCCGCGCUCACAUUCUUCCCCUCUACGCUCACAUUCCUCCCCUCCGCGCUCACAUUCCUCCCCUCCGCGCUCCCAUUCCUCCCCUCCGCGCUCACAUUCCUUCCCUCCGCACUCACAUUCCUCCCCUUCGUGCUCACAUUCCUCCCUUCCGCACUCACAUUCCUCUUCUCCCCCUCCGCACUCACAUUCCUCCCCUUCGUGCUCACAUUCCUCCCUUCCGCACUCACAUUCCUCUUCUCCCCCUCCGUGCUCACAUUCCUCCCCUCCGCGCCUACAUUCCUCCCCUCCCCCUCCUCACUCGCAUUCCUCCCCUCCACGCUCGCAUUCCUCCCCUCCACGCUCGCAUUCCUCCCCUCCGUGCUCACAUUCCUCCUCUCCCCCUCCGCACUCAAAUCCCUCCCCUCCGCGCUCACAUUCCUCCCCUCCACGCUCACAUUCCUCCCCUCCGCGCUCACCUUCCUCCCCUUACUAGUGUUCCCUCCCCUCAUCUCUCAUCUGCUCCACCAGUCUCCCCUUUGCUCUCCUCUUAUCAAACCCAUUUGUCUCUCCUCUGCACCAUCCCAAAUUCCACGAGAAAUCCACAUCCCAAAACGCAUUAUAAAGACACUCCAGGUGGAUGUGGAGACAGAUGCAUCCAAUGCCACGAAUCAUGCAUGCGACUCCAGACCACCGUGCUUCAACCCAUCUUGGAUACAAUAA